AUGGAUGACCCCGAUGCAAUCCAAUUACAACAUGUUCAAGCUCAGGUAGAUGAUGUCUUAGUUUUAAUGCGAGAUAAUUUUAAUAGAGUACUGGAAAGGGAUUACAGAUUAUCGGACUUAAGGGAUAGGGCCGAUGCACUGGAGGCCUGUGCCCAACAAUUUCAGCAGCAUGGUCAUCGGUUAAACAGACAAUAUCUAUUGGCAAAUAUUAAAGCAAAUAAAACAUUGAUAAUAGGAGGGUGCACCUACCACCCGAGCACCGGCAUGUGGAUUACUGAAUGCUACGUCUAA